AUGGAUUCAGAUUCUAAUUUUCAGAAAGAAGAUGAAUAUGUCGAGUUUGAGAUAGUUCCAAAGGGUAAGGGGAAAGUUUCUAAGUCAAAGGUUUUCUUUGAUGAUGAUGUUGAAGUUCCCACUGGUAAAAAAAUUAUUGAGAUGAGAAAACCAGCUACAAUCGACACAUUUUUUAAGAGAAAAAAUAGUGAAGCUUCUACAUCUAAUGUGUCAUCAAUUUCACCUGUAGAUAUUGAUCAUGUAAAUUUUGAAAAUCGCUCUGCAAAAUCUUUAAGACUUGACAUUAAAGAAGGAUUUGAUAUCAAUUCGUUAGAGCGUGAUCCUGGAAUAUGCCCACCAAUAUGGGAGUAUCCUCCUGAGAAGCGUGAUGAAGUCCGUAGAGCUUAUUUUAAAGCUUGUCCAUAUCAGAUUAUACUUUCUAGCUAUCAAAAAUCGGAGAAAGCACAUUCACAUGGAACCUCUGGAUUAGAUGCGUUUACUAUUAACGGAUUUCGAUCAUGGAAUAAGGUGAGAGGAAAAAAUUGUGCAUUUGUAGCACAUAUUGGAAAAGAUAUAAAUUCUCCUCAUAGAAAUGCUGAGAAAGCACUUGCUGAUCUUAUGAACCAACCAGCAUAUGUUGCAAGAAGAGUAUUGAGUUUCAUAAGUUCUUAUAAUGAUAAGGUAGCAGAAGUUUUGGAUAAAGCUCCACGAAAUGCCACAUAUACAUCACCAACAACACAAAAACAAGUUUUGCAUGUCUUGGGGAAUAAAGUGAGGAAUGCAAUUCGUGAAGAAAUUGGUGAUGCAAAUUUUUCUAUAAUAGUUGAUGAAGCACGAGAUGAAUCUAAGAAGGAGCAAAUGUCAAUUGUUUUGAGAUUUGUUGACAAAGAUGGUUGUGUGCAAGAGCGUUUUUUUGGGCUUAUUCAUGUCAAAGACACUUUGAACUCUAUUGUUAAUAUUGUUAGUGCAUCGUGUAAGCGUAAUAACAAACUAAGAAUUGCUCAAGCUGCAAAUGUUGCUCAUUUACUUGAGAUGGGUGAACUAGAAAGUGGGAAAGGGCUUAAUCAAAUUGGUUCUUUACAAAGGGCUGGUGACACUCGUUGGAGUUCUCACUUGAAAUUUAUUUCUAGUUUGAUAAAGAUGUUCAGCGCAACAUGUGAAGUUUCAUUAAAUAUUAUUGAAGACGGCACUACUUUUGCUCCACGAGGAGAUGCAGAUGCAGCUUAUGAGGCGGUAACUUCAUUUGAAUUUGUUUUCAUUUUGCAUCUCAUGAAAAAAAUUCUAGAGAUUUCUAAUAUACUCUGUCAAGCUUUGCAACUUCAGUCUCAAGAUAUUUUAAAUACAAUGCAUCUUGUUUCAUCUACUAAGAUUCUCAUUCAAAAAUUAAGAGAAGAUGGAUGGAAUGAAUUAGUUGAUGAGGUGAAAUCCUUUUGUGAACCUAUUAAUAUACUUGUGCCCAAUUUUAAUGCUCAUUAUACUGCGAGAAGAGGAAGAGCUCGCGGUCAACAAGGUGUCAUUACAGUGGAGCAUUAUUAUAGAGUUGAUAUCUUCAAUGCAGUGAUAGACUUUCAACUGCAAGAAUUAAACAACAAAUUCAAUGACAACACAGUAGAGUUACUCAUUCUUAGUUCAGCUCUAGAUUCGAGAGAGAUGCGUGUAUCAUUCAGAGUUGAUGACAUUUGCAAAUUGGUACAAAAAUUUUACCCAAGAGAUUUCACAGAAUACGAAAUGAUACAUCUAAGGACGCAAUUUGAACAUUUUGAUCAUGUGCGAAAUAUUCCUGAUUUUAUAGUCUUAACAACUAUCUCUGAUUUAUGUCAGUGGCUGGUAAAAACUAGAAAAGCAGAAGUUUUUCCACUUGUGUAUAAAGUGGUAACUCUUAUUCUUACACUUCCAGUUUCUACAGCUACAACAGAGCGAUCGUUUUCAGCAAUGAAUUUAGUGAAAACUACACUCCGCAACAAGAUGGAAGAUGAAUUUUUAAGUGAUUGUUUGCUAGUGUAUAUUGAAAGAGAAACUGCUAAAAAAUUUAGUAUAGAUUCAAUUAUAGAUGAUUUUCGUGACAUGCAAGAGAGACGUUCUGUAUUUUAA